AUGGCAGCUAAACAACUUGUUAACUUAUCGAAACACAUGCGUGAACUGAGGCUUCAUCUGUGCCAGAAAUCACCAUCAAGCCAAGGUGUCAGAGACUUUGUGGAGCAACAUUAUGUGAGCGUUAAAACAGCAAACCCCAAGUUUCCUAUCAUGAUAAGAGAGUGCAGUCAAGUGGAACCAAAGAUUUACGCAAGAUAUGACAUCAAAGACAUCAGUGCCCGACAUAGACAACUGGCCACUGCCAGAAACCUUAAGCACAUAUUUGGCGUCCCUGAAGAAGUUGCCAAAGCUAGGGAUCUUAUUAAGGAAGGACAAUUGCUGCAGGCCCACAAAGUUCUCACUGACCUAGAAGCUUCACGUGACAACCUUUUAUACGAACAACACAAACUCGACAAUCAAAGUGAAUCCGAUAUCAAACAACUUCAAGCUUAUUUUUCGGAGGCCGUUGUUUUAUCUGAUGAACUGGGAGAAGCUUUGUGGAAAGUGCUGAGUAAGGCUCUGAUGACUGUGCGGAAAGAUUCAACGAGUUUGGUCACGGUGUUGAGAAUUGUUGAACGAGAACAAAGGACAGAUACAAAGUUAAUGGAACAAGAAUCCAACUCUGGCUUUCUUCCACCAGGAAGACCAAAGAGAUGGAGGGAAAAAGCAAUGGAAACACUGAAAAGGGCAGUUGAGGAUAAGGUAGAUAGCGAUGUCUACGACACUCGUGAAGCCGACAAGAUGUGGUUGGUCCGCCAUCUUGAAAUAUUAAGGAAGAACGUCCUUGAUGAUCUUCGUGUGGUUAAGUUCCUAUGCGUCCCAUGUUUCCCGACUACUUACAAUAUAUUUGAACAGUUCGUUCAUUGGUUCCAUCUCGCUUUAACAAACCAUCUUCAAAACAUUAUCAGCGAAGGUCUGGAAGGAAAUGAAAUAAUUUCUCUCCUCACUUGGCUUAAUGGAUAUACAGGUAAAGAUUUGAUGGGCCAUAUAGAGUUGGCAUCAACCUUAGACACAAACAAACUUCCCCCUCUACUUGAUGAUUCUGUCAGUGAGAGGUUAAUGCAAAGUUACUUUGAAACCACACAAACCAAUAUGUUAUCAUGGACAAGCAAGUCAUUGGAGCAAGAUGCUGCUGAUUGGAUGCGAGAUGAAGAACCAGAGACGGAUGUUGACGGAUAUUACCGAACCUCACUACCUGUUAUUUUGUUCCAGAUGAUUCAACAAACCAUACAGGUGGCUCAAACAAUAUCUGAUACUUUAAAGCAGAGAGUUCUCAGUGUUUGCAUCGAAGAGAUGAAUAAGUUUGUGCGUUCUUAUGCAGAAGCCAUUGUUAGCUACAAAGAGGAACACUUUAAAGACCGUGAGCUUCCUCAUUACUACCCAUUGUACAUGGUGGCGGCAACCAACAAUUGUGAAGCUUUCUCUGACUUUGCCACAAAGUUGGAACGCGAAAACCAAGCCAAGUCCCCUUCUGAUGAAAAUGAGGAUGGGGAAAACCCCUUUGCUGAGAAAGAAAGUCUAGCAGCGCAAUUCUGUAGAGAGAUGGACAACGUGGCGAAGGCUUCGUGUGGUUUCCUACUGGACGAAGUCUUCAUUGAUUUAAAGCCUCACAUAGACUCAUUGUUCCAACGCGGUUGGUUGAACGACCGAACAGCCAUCGACACGAUUUGCGUCACAAUCGAGGAUUACUACACAGACUACGUUCACUUGAAACGACGUUUCUUUGAUUGGAUAAUGAUGGAAGCGGAACGGAGGAUCGUUGUCGAAUAUUUGAGGGGAGCGCUUGGGAGACGCAUGAAGCUGAACAAUGCAUCUGAUCGCAUGAAAGCAGGUGAGAAGUUACUUCAGGAACAACAAAUGCUUUCAUCCUUGUUUAGAAAGCUGGCUGCUUCAGAUGCGAAUGCCAUAUCACCAUGUGAAGCCCUCAUACCAAUAGCUGAGGUGAUCAGGUUACAAGAUAAGACAAUGAUGCCGCUUGAACUGUCUGGCUUAGUGAACAAAUACAAUGAUGCAACAGUUGACCAAAUGCAAGCGUUGUUGGCAAUGAGAGGAGACUUUUCAGCAACUGAAGCAAGAGAAAUGGCGAUAGAAGCUGCUGAAGCAAUUGAAGUAAAAAAUCCGCGCAAAGAAAGUAUUUAUUCACUCGCAGCCACACCAACAGGAUCACUGUCCGCCCCACAACCAACAGCAAAUAUAAUCAACCAAUCUAUAUUUAGCAGGUUCAACUUGUAAUGCAGCUGCAAAUUGGGACCAUGAUUGGACCACUAACUAUGGUUAAAAUUACAUUGGUUUAAUGUAGUUUUUAAAAGCCCAAGAAUCUUAUAUUAUGCUCAGUUGUGAUGUGUGUUCCCAAAUCAGAUCCUAAUGUUCUUCUCACUAGAUUUCUACAUAUAGUUGGGUGGGGGGAGAUGGGACGCCUUUAGCACAUAAUAUCUAUCCAAGUAUCCUGAUCGUGGUAUUUCUUUGUUUUUUCAAAUGGGACAAGAAAAUAGAACGAAAAUAUGUCCCGUAUUUCCCCAUACUACUAUAUGUAUGUUAUCUUUGAUUGGCACAUGUAGUGUUGUGCAAUAUAUGAUUAUAAAUAUAUAUCAACUGUAAACCAUGA